AUGGCAGAAGAAGAUGAGGCCAGACAGGAACGCGGUGAGGACUCGGGCAGCAAAUCUCCCGUCAUUCGGGACAUCGAUGAUGAGAUCCAAGCUCUCAUCACGAAAGCUCGGCAGAGACUCGAAGGCGUCACCAAGACGAUGGAGGACAAUGGGGAGAAGCUGAAGAAGCUGCAGAAAGGGUUCUCCGACUUGAAGCGCCAACAAGCCCAUGUCUCUCGCGAGCAGCAGCAGGUCAUCGGCUCGCUUCAGAAUGGACUGACAACGACGUGA